UCACGACCAGCGCGCAGAAACCUACACAACACUGAAUAAAGUCCUGGCUGUGAGGAGGAAAGAGCAUAUUGACGACGGGCAGGCCAUGGAGAGCCUAGUGCAUUACAGUAAUCCCUCCCAUGCCCUCUCAGUGUUAGGGCUUCUCAAUGAGCAGCGCCUGCGGGGCCAGAUGUGUGAUGUAGUCCUGGUUGUGGCAGACCAGAGGUACCAGGCCCAUAAGAGUGUUCUGGCUGCCAGCAGUGAAUAUUUCCAGUCCCUGUUCACACGGAUGGACGCAGAGACACUGAAAGUUGUCAACCUAGACUUCUGUGAGCCUGACGCCUUUGAGAUAGUUCUGAAUUACAUUUACUCCUCUUCACUCUUUGUGGACAAAGGCAGUCUGGCAGCCAUUCAAGAGCUGGGCUACAGCCUUGGAAUCCCUUUCCUCACCAACAUCGUAUCAACAAGGCCACAUGCAUCCUACUGUGUGUCUAGAAAAAGGCUUUCGUUCACUGAAGGGGAUGAGAAUGAUGUCCAGACAAGGAGCGUCAUUGUGUGUCGGGUCCGGAAUGACACAACCCAUUCCUCCCGCUCAAAUUAUCAGAGUAAAACAUCAGAGAGAUCAUCAUCAUCUCUCAACUCUAGCCGCGAAUUAGCUCAGCCUUCAACAGAACACAACUCCUUUGAACCGGUCAGGAACUCUGAAUCCAUUACCAGGAAAUCAUCUGAACAGAGUGAAGCUCCUGAAAGGAAGUCCACCUAUCCAUACACCUCCAUAUUAAAAGGGAAUUCAUCACACAUCUCAUCUGUUAGGCCCCAGCUGACAUCAUCUGUGUCUUUCAGUGAUGCUGAAGUGCAGCACAUCAGGCUGCCGUCUGGCACUGACCAGGACACUAAAGAGGAGAAUGAGGAGCAGGAGCCCCACUGUAAUACCAAAGUGCCCUUUCAGGGUCAGGCCUGUGAGCCAAGCCAGACCAUUGACAGGAGCGGGCCACUCAUAAAAAGCCUACUCCGAAGAUCAUUAUCCAUGGACAGCCCCGUUCCAGUCUUCUCACCCACUCUGGAGCUCAAGGAGCUGCAAAAUCGUGAGCAGUCAGUUGUUAAAAUGGCAUCAAAAGCAUCUGGGCCAGAAACAUCUGUUCACAAUGGCAACUCAAAAAGAACAUCUCCUCUGGUUCUCAGGUCAAAGUACCCCAGCAGGUAUUAUGAAGAAACUCAGGUAGAAAGAGAGGUUAGUGUGAAAGCUGAGCCCAGCAGUCCACUUGCUGACCCCAUGGACAUUAUUCGAAUCACAGUUGGAGAUGCUUUGCCAGUCAACCUUAAAGACUUGCAAACAAAUUAUGACCAAGGUUCCAGGCCAGAUUUCAAUCCUCUUGCGAAACGAAAGGACAGGCCAGACAACAGAAGGUACCCAUUCAAGAAGAGCAAAAUAUUUAAAGAACAUGCCCUCUCACUUGAUGAGAACAUGUCAGAAACUGUACCUCAAAACAUGUCAGAAACUGUACCUCAGAGUGCCAGCAGUGACUCUAAUGAGAACAAUGAGGAGCCACCUCAGAACAAAAUUUUCAAAUGCUGGAACUGUUUAAAGGUUUUCAGGUCCAGCGCUGGACUACAUCGUCAUGUAAAUAUGUAUCACAACCCUGAAAAGCCGUAUGCUUGCGACAUCUGCCACAAGCGCUUCCAUACCAACUUCAAAGUGUGGACACACUGCCAAACACAGCAUGGUGUGGUACAAAACCCAGCCUCAUCCUCCAGCUCCUCUGUGCUGGAUGAGAAAUUUCAAAAGAAGUUGAUAGAUAUUGUGCGAGAGAGAGAAAUAAAGAAAGCUUUGCUUUGGAAGCUGAAGAGGAAUAAGCAAGGAUUGCAAUCUCCUGCACUUACCAAAAAGCGAUCAAGACCCAGCUUCAUAUGUCCUUACUGUGGGAAAGUAUUUGUGUUCCAGUCUCAGUACAGACAGCAUUUAAGGACACAUCCUGCUGAAAAAGCUGACGAGGACACAGCAAGGGAAAGCGUCCUUUACCAGGAAGAGGAUGAGAUCAUUCAAGAGAAGAACACAGACGCUGGUGUUUACUCUUGUAGGCUUUGUAAUAUGAAGUUGUCUUCACUCUUUGAACAGGGUGAUCAUGAGAGGGGCUGUCGUCAUGCAACUGUAUGCCCUUACUGUGGCCUCCGAUUCUCAAGUCCAACAGUCAAGAAGGACCAUGAGGCACAUUGUAAGUACAAGAAACUGACAUGCCUUGAAUGCAUGCGGACCUUCAAGUCCUCCUUCAGCAUAUGGCGCCACCAGGUGGAGGUCCACAACCAAAACAUGAUGACUGUUAAAGACCAGAUUCAUCUGAGGCAGCAGGAGAACAAUGAUGAGGCGUCUGAAAUGCUCAGGGAGGAGCAUUUCAGUGACGAGCCUCUAGCAACUGGGAGCUCAAGAGAGAAGAUUACUUACAGUGACUCCUCAGGUCCACCUAUGUACGAUUCAGAAGACUCCUCAUCCUAUGUGCCUGAGGACCUGAGCAUGGGCCAUCAUGGCAAGCUGGUGGUGAAGGAGGAGCCGUUAGAGGAGGCUGUGAGUGAGAGGGAAAACACAGAGUCUGCCAAAUUUGGGCUAGAGGAACCCGGGGUGUGGCCAUGCGAGAAAUGCGGAAAUCUUUUCAGCUCUCGCAAAGACCUGGAGCGACACCAGGAGCUGCUAUGCCACAUCAAACCAUUCAUCUGUCACAUCUGCAACAAAGCCUUCAGGACCAACUUCCGCCUUUGGAGCCACUUCCAGUCCCACAUGUCCACUGCUAACGAACCCGGAGCCAAAGAGAUCGACAGACACCCCUCGCCUCUGUCACCCUCCCCUCCCAUGACCCCUCAAAGCUCCGAACGUCCCUCCCCACAGGCUUCCGUGCUCAAAUCCACCCAGACGGCCCCAGUCGCUGCAACAAUGGCUGAGGACUCCAGCAGCUCCGAGCCUGGUAGCUCAUCAGUAAACACGACAAAGAGGCCUGAGCUAGAACGGCAGCCCAGCAGCCACAGCCCUCUAUCGAGGUCAAACAGCAUGGAGAAUUCAAGUGGUCCUCAGGAAUCAGACACACUCUUUUACCAUGCCCCAUCACUCUCUGCUCUGACAUUUAAGCGGCAGUACAUGUGCAAACUCUGCCACAGAACCUUCAAGACGGCCUUUAGUCUCUGGAGCCAUGAGCAGAGUCAUAGCCACAUGUAAGCAUCAGACAAGUGAUAGUAGUGCAUUUCCCUCAAGAGACAAUACUUAAUAUUAGAAUAAAACACCUCAGCCUACAAAAGGAAGACUUUGAAUGUAUAGCUUAUUUGCUUGCCUCCAAUGUCAUAUAUUAAAGUGGCCAUGAUCAUUAGAGGUGUAAACGUGAAUGUGCAAUCAAGUGCUAGAUUCCUCUGUGAGACGAGAUGAUUAUAAAUGGUUUAUUUUCCUUAUAAAACUAUCUAUAACCUAUCUAUUUUAAACCUAUUUUAGUUGUCUACUUGUAUUUACCUAUUUAGGUGUUUUGAGAAAACAAGGUACAGAGUUGCACCCCUCAUCGCUUCAGCUGUACCACAUUUGACUUAAAGGUACAACUAUAUAUGUUGUUUUCUCAGAGUGUGGAAAAAGUGCUUUAAAUUUUUGGAGGCUGCAGUUGAAUUAAAGAUUAGUGCUUUUGCUUUUGUAUCAGAUCAGUCUCCUGGUGUGAGAUAAUGACAUCCCUUAAGAUGAUAACAGUGGCCUCAACAAUGUAUUCAAUAUGCACUUUGUUUAACAGUUUGAUUCUGUUAUGAAACUACAGAGGUGUAGUUCAAAAUGUUUGCUUUGAUCCCUUACUUGCCAUAACUAAGGUUUUAGGAUUCAGAAGUAGAAGUGAUAACUUGGCCUAAUAGUUUGUUUUGUUUCUUCAUACUUGGCAUUCCUUUGAAAUUUGUUUGAGUUUCUGAUUGCCUCCGGGUCAUUUUGUUUAUCCGGCUGGUUGAAUAAGAUCUUCAGUAUAACAGAUGAAGUUAUAACGCAUACUGUACAACAAACACAUCUCAUAUACCUGUUGUUUUAGACAUAGCAGUUCAGUCUGCAGUGACUAACCUGGAGACCAUUCAACCAAAACCAGAUGUAUUUAUUACAAGAAGACAGAACAGGAAAUAGGAUACACAUUCUAUGUGUUUACUACUAUAUACACCUUUUUUUUUAACUGUUUACCGUUUUCAUUCAGUACUUAUAAUUUAUCUCUAUAAUUAUGAGCCUGGUGAAUCAUUGUAUGUAAAUGAAUGAGACAGUGCAAUCAUCAGUCAAAUGUGUAAGAUUUGAGAAAGUUUUUUUUUUUCCUCACAUUAAGAGUAAAUAAUUCUUAAUGUUGCUGAAACAACUCAUUUGUGAAAGGUGCUCAGACCAGCUUACUGGUAAAAUGAAAGUGUCAGUGAAAGAAAUGGGCUGAGUCAACCUUAUGGUUUGAUUUGAUAGUGUCCUAAAUACCAGAUACUGUAACAUUGUUCAUGUAUUUGGCUCAUCGCAUCAGCUGCUAGAAAUUAAUCUGAAAUAUUUAAAACAAGAAAAGUUUCUUUAAAGCACACUGCAGUAUAGUAAUGCAAUGUAUGGUUAAUUCUAAAUAAUACAUAUGGAAAAUCUAACAUUGAUUUGUGUUUAUUAGACAUUGUCACAAUUUCUGAAUCAUUUAAGUCAGCCAACACAGUGCUACCCAGUGUUGUGUUAAUACUCAUACACUGAUCUGAUCUGAGCUUUACAGUGCUUUGAUGGCCUUAUGCAACCUUAAAAAUAUUUUGUCAAUAUUAUUUUACAUAAAAGCACAAUAGAUUUCCAGAUGACUUAUGACUCAGGCAUUUAGAGGUGGUAAAGUUCAAGAACAGGGAGGCAUGUGGAGGUAAAAUCUUUUAUUCUAUGAAUGGUGAGCAAGUGUUCCUGCUUCCUAAAGAUUUAUUAUAAAGAUUGUGUUUUGAUUGUAUUCCAGUUUCACAAAUGUAUUCUUGUACAAGUAUAUACUUCUGCUUUGGCUUGAUGGAUUAGAAAUUUGUAUAAAUUAUUAUGAUUGCUACUGUCUGGGAGAUGUUGAAUUGAAAGAGUGCUCCACACAAACUGUGGGAAUCUGCUUUCCACUGAAUGAGCAACACGCUGCAUUGUGAUGUUAAAUUCUUUUUGAGGAAAUCUGUAUUGAUAAUAGUGCUCUUAAUUUCUCGUGAGAGAAACUUUCUGAAAGUUUCACAGAAAUAAUUAGAAUUGUGUACAUGGAAGUGUUUGUAUUCUCAAUUUUGUACCAAUUUUGUUAGUAAACAACAAGUUUUAUCUUUUUAGUAUUCCUGUGCUCUACCUGCAAUAAUGAAUAUUUGUAUCAGCAUUGGUUGCAUUAUUGUUGCUUUUGGAGACUUGCAGCUGUUUUGUGUUUAGGUUUUUCUACUGUUUUUGUGCUUCAUUUCUGUAAUAAAGAGUAACAAUGGAGUAUAUAUACAA